UGGAGUACAGAAACGAUUGACGGGUGAAGGUCACGAGAAGAUUUACGUUUGCCGCCCACGGAAUAUUAAUCAAAAGAUUGGAGCUUCUUAUCUUGCUGGCUCUAAGGUAGAGGUCGGACUGCAUGCAAACAUGCGAACAGUUGUAUUGAGAAUAAUGCUGUCUGUGUCUCGUGGUGGAAGUGACGUAAGAUAAACACCAAUUGUUGCAAGAUCGAAAAACGACACCAUCAAGUUAAAGGAAGAAAAAAUCCAGGGUUCGAAAAAGCGACAGUCGGCUUGUUUUGAUCACAGACAAUGGCAGGCGACGGUCAAAGCAGAUGCAGUCGUUUCAAGGAAUGGCUGAAGAGUCCAGCUUUCAUGGUAUACUUUAGUCACACACUGUCAGCGUGGGGAGAUCGCAUGUGGAGUUUUGCAGUUGGUCUUUUCUUGGUCCAGCUUUCAGAAGAUCUCCGCCUGGUGGCAGUGUAUGGAUUUACACGAGGAGGAUCUAUUCUUCUGUUUGGAGCUGUUAUUGGAGACUGGAUAGACAGGAAUAUGAGGCUCAGAGCUGUGCGCAUCUCCCUCUUCAUCCAAAACACUGCCGUUAUUUUAUCUGCCAUCUUACUAUGUAUCAUGUUCACAUUAGAGUCUCACAUCAUGAAGACAUGGGAGGGCGGACUGUUCACUCUGUUUGCCAUUCUGGUCAUCGUCAUAGCGGACAUUGCAGCGCUGGCCAGCGUAGCCACCAAGAUCUGUGUGGAGAGAGACUGGGUAGUUGUCAUGUGUCAGGGUAACAAGGGCAAGCUGGCAAGUCUCAAUGCCACAGUGAGAAGAAUCGACCUAACGACCGCCAUCUUGGCUCCAGCAGCGGUGGGUCAGAUAAUGACAUACUCCGAGACUGGCACGCUGCCUGCACACGUCGUUGGCGCUAUUUUUAUCGCAUGUUGGAACGUGGUGUCCAUGUUCCUGGAGUACGGGCUGCUGUACAGUGUGUACAGAAAGGUACCAGAGCUGGCCGUGAAGAGAGUGAAAGGAGAACCAGAGGCUGUGGAGAACAAACUCACCACACCAGAAAAGCCCACAGAGAUGGAGCCAGACCUUGCUGGGGAGUUAGAGACAGAUAAUGAGCUGAAUAAGUCAGAGGAGGAGGCCACAGAGGAGAAAAUGCUGCCUAAAGUGGAGAAGAGUGAAGACCAGGAGAAGGUGGAGAUGGCUGAUGAGGAGGAGUACAAGUCCCCGUACUCAGCCACCACAGCUGCAGACGAGGAACUGGACAAGAGUUGUUUCCAGUUGAUGUUCUCCAAGUUCAUCGUUCUAUUCACAGGCUGGGGCGUCUACAUGAGACAAUCUGUGAUGUUGGCAGGACUCGGGUUGGCAUUUCUCUACAUGACUGUCCUGGGCUUUGAUAACGUUACCGUGGGUUAUGCCUUCUCACAAGGUUACACUGAGUCCAUUCUGGGAAUCUGCAUGGCGAUUGGCUCCUUGAUGGGAAUCCUGGGAACUGUUGGAUUUACCUUCCUUCGUAAACGUAUUGGAGUUGAGCGCACGGGCCUGUUUGGGUUCAGCCUGGAAAUCUCUUGCCUGACGCUGUGCGUAGUCUCCAUUUGGACCCCUGGCAGUCCUUUUAUUGGCUAUCACGACACAUCCCAAAAGUAUACAGUAACAACGUGCGAGCUGAAGCCACCUCAGGGUAAUGCCACAGUGCUGCCCCCUAUUGUUGUGAGUGGCAUUGUUCCAGUAUUACCAACUUCACCAGAAAACAAUACAGAUUUUGGACGCCGACGACGACGCAGGUCGAUUCCAUUUGAUUCCCAACAUCAAUACUCAUACUUUAUAAAUGAUGACUUUUCUGAAGGUGGGAUGCUCCAGCCAAUCAGAAUGGAGAAUAUAAUCAGUUUUCAUGACAACCGAGAAGUUAGUGUCCAUGGAAACAGUCAUGUUAUUGUAAAAAGACAAGCUAAUAAUGUAUCUCUAGCUACAACCCCUGAGGGGUCCGUGGAUGACUCGCCACCCUCCGUGCUGGCUCUUCCUUUUGAUGCCUCUUAUAACUUUUCAAAUGCCAGCAACGAGGCAGGAACUUUUGAUAAUGCCACCCACACUUGUAAGACUGAAGUCAAAGGUUCUCUGAUAUCUGUGUCUCUCUUCAUAGCUGGGAUCAUCACUGGCAGGUUUGGCCUCUGGAUGGCAGACCUGUCCGUGACACAGCUGAUCCAAGAGAACGUCGCGGAACAGGAGCGCGGAGUAGUCAACGGUGUCCAGAGCUCACUAAACAUGUUACUGGACAUGGUCAAAUUUUUACUGGUGAUUGUCGCUCCUCGCCCAGAUACUUUUGCCAUCUUGAUUAUUUUGUCCUUUAGCUUUGUUUGCUGCGGAGGAGUGUUUUAUGCCUUGUACUCGAGAAAAAUUCGCGGUCAUUUAUUCCAUUUUGAAAAGUGCGUGUGUUGCAGGGCGGGUCCUCGGACGCCGAAGAAGGAUCACACGAGUUUGGCGGUCAUCACAGCAGAAACGCCAAAUGCUAGCACAAGUACUGUAGUGACAUGAUGUUACGAGUCAUGGCUAUGUUUAACAUUUGGAGAUAGAACCCGAAAAAAAGGUUGAUAUGGAACUGUCCAUUGGUAUUUUAAUAGUUGCCAGGCACACAGCAACAAGAUUCAAAUGAGAAAUAUGCUUCUGGCUGCCAUUUACUUCUCUUCAUAGAGUUGUGACCACUUCGUGUUGCAAAAAUGCAGUGUAACAUUUUAGAUAUUAACAACAAACUGCAUUUACUUGGACACUUAUUAAAAGAUAUAUAGGCUUGGUGUUGUACUGCAUUUUUAAUUCUGUUUUAUCCGAGAAAAAAAUAUUGUAUUGUCAGUUUUUCAUUUGUUGUAUUGUGAAUUAAAAUAAGGCAAAGGUUAGGGGUAAGUGCAUCCUAUUUGAGGCUUUUCUUGCCAGAGAGUGACACCUAUUGAACACUGCCAUGACAACAGUCAUAUCUGUUUUACAAAAAAGGAAAAAAGUUAAAGCAGCUGGCUUCUCUCAGCUGGCCCAAUAUCAUUAUUAUCAUUAUCAAUAUCUUUGACAAGGUUUUAAAGGCACAAUUGAUUAUUAAAUAAUUGAUUUAU